UGUCCUGAUGGCUCAAUCUGUCAAAAUAGCAAUUGUACUUGCCCUAAUGGUAGAAAACUUUGUAAUGGUUAAUGUUGUCCUGAUGGCUCAAUCUGUCAAAAUAGCAAUUGUACUUGCUCUAGUGGUGGAAAAUCUUGUAACAGUCAAUGUGUAG